AUGGCUCCAGAAGUGCCCCCCUUCCUGCUCUUUCUCAUCGUCCUCUUUCUUCUGUGCUUAUGGAAGCAUCCUGCUUCUGCAGCGACUCUAAUGCCUUCCCCCAACUGCCAGAAGGUUUGCGGAGAUAUCUCCGUUCCAUAUCCCUUUGGCAUCGGUGCCGACUGUUCCAGAGACGACAAUUUCAUUGUCUACUGCAACGAGACAUCGUCGCCUCCGAAGGCCUAUCUGUUUUCGAAUGAGAGCAACAUAGAGAUCAUCAGCAUCUCCGCGCCUGCAGGUGAGGUUCGUAUCUUCAAAACCAUCGCCAUAGAGUGCUACAACAGCUCUAAUUAUACGACUAAGAGCGGAAGCGGGUGGAUCGAUUUAACCAAGACUAGUUAUAGACUGUCUGAAAAACGAAACAAGUACAUCGUCAUCGGAUGCAAUGCUAUAGCGUUCAUCCUUGGAGAGGGAAACGUCAGCUACAUGAGUGGCUGCGCUUCGAUGUGCCUGACAGAAAAGAACGUGGAGGAAGGGUUAUGCUCUGGCUUCGGCUGCUGCCAGACCGCCAUACCCCAGGGACUUAAUUACUACAACGUGAGUUUCUACAUCUUGUCAGAGCUAUCUACAGUCCGGAAAUUCAGCCCUUGCAGCUAUGCCUUCAUAACAGAGGAGGGUUGGUACAAAUUCAGUAAGUCCCACCUCCGGGAGUUAAACAGUAGCUACCCUGACGGGGUACCGCUGGUUCUCGAUUGGGUCGUAGGGACUGGGAACUGCGUCGAAGCCAGACAAAACUCAAGCUCCUAUGCUUGCCUCAGCGUGGACAGCACCUGCCACAACGGGACAUAUGGAUACAUUUGCAAAUGCUCUGAGGGAUACGAAGGCAAUCCAUACAUCGAAGACGGGUGCCACGGUCUCUCCCUACCUCUCUCUUUCUCUCUCUCAGUCACUCACAUCCGCCCCACACCCCCCCAUGCCCCCCCAAAAAAAACGCACACACAAACAUACAGUUUCUUCAACUGGAUCUGACUUGGCAUCAACUUUUUCUUCAUAGAUAUUAACGAAUGCUUAACUCAAAAACCCUGCUCCACCAUCGACCAAAUCUGCAUUAACCUAAAGGGGAAUCAUAGUUGCGAAUGUCCAAAGGGCACCGAACUGGAUACCAAACGAAAUUCUUGCUUGAAGAAGACGUUCCCCAUGCUACCUGUGGCUCUUGGUAACCUUUCUGUCAUCUAACACUAUUUUUAACAUAUUUUGUAUUUUGGAAAUCUAUUUCACACCCUUGACUAAAGUUUACAUCUACCUAGAUAGUAAAAAUGAUUCUACCUGUAGUAGAUGAGCUAACCUUAGUCCUGACUUCUGGACGUUCUGGUGUGAGCACUGGAUUUUUCCUUUUGGUUAUACUUGGAUCUUGGUUGUACUGGGGACUCCAUAAAAGAAAGAUUCUGAUUUCCAAGCAGAAUUUCUUCGAACAAAAUGGUGGAUUGCUAUUGAAACGCCAGAUUUGCUCACAAUCUCAGCCAUCAUUCAGGAUAUACACAGUGGAACAGAUAGAGAAAGCAACAAACAAAUUUAAUGACAUUCUCGGACAAGGAGGCCAAGGUAUCGUUUACAAAGGGAUUUUCGGCAAUGAACUAGUCGCCAUAAAGAAAUCUCAAUCCGUUGAGAAGAGCCAACGAAGUGAGUUUGCAAAGGAGAUGCUGAUCCUUUCCCAAAUCAAUCACCGGCAUGUCGUGAAACUACUUGGUUGUUGUCUAGAAGUAGACAUACCUAUGCUGGUUUACGAAUUUAUUUCUGGCGGCACCCUUUUUUACCGCCUACACGGACCGGAGAAGCACUACAUGCCCUUCGUUGAACGAUUAACGGUUUCCAUUCAAUCUGCAUCUGCACUGAACUAUCUUCAUGCCGAUGCCUCUCCGUCGAUUGUCCACGGGGACGUUAAAUCUGCCAAUAUCCUUCUGGAUGGUAAAUUGGAGGCCAAAAUAUCUGACUUUGGUGCAUCCAAGCUAGCGCCCAUGGAUAAAGCCAAGUUCGCCACAGUGGUCCAAGGGACAUAUGGUUAUCUAGAUCCUGAAUCGUUACAGACAUAUCAAUUGACUGAAAAAAGUGAUGUGUACAGUUUUGGGGUUGUUCUUGCUGAGCUCAUUACGAGAAAGACGGCAUUAUAUGGUGACGAGUCACAAAAGCAGUGCACCCUAGCUUUGGAUAUUGUUGCCUCAGAGAAAAAUGGCCAGUUAAUGAGGUUUUUAGAUGAGCAGCUCGUGAAUGAAGCUCAUGCACUAUAUCUCUACGACGUAGCAAAGCUUACCUGCCGAUGCUUGAGUAUGAAAGGAGAAGAUAGGCCAACAAUGAGGGAAGUGAUGACAGAACUCGAAGGGAUCAGAAGCCAAGUGCUUGCCGUCGGCCUUGCGGAGAACGUCAAUGAAGAGGAGCCUUUACUUGGGCAGCAAACCAUUGCCUACGAAAGUAACACAUCUACAUCCACCGACUUGGAGAAGAGUGUAUUUAGCAUAAGGGGCAGGUGA